GCUUCAACAGAAUCUUACAAGUUUACAAUCUCUCUCUCUCUCUUCAGUGAGUCCACACUCUCUCUCUAUAGGAGAAUAAACUCUACUUCUGGCCUUUUCUUCCAAACAAGUGAAUAAAUCCACCAUCCCAAGAACCAAAUUCCAAAAAGGAAACCAUGCAUUACCCACCAUAGGCCACAAAACCCUAAACCUUUUCUGAUUUCUUGAGCAACUCACAAAAAAGCUUCAAACUUUUGCAGCAUUUGGGGAGCAUUUCAAGGCACAAAGGAGAAGAAAACCCGGCAUUUCCCUCAUCUGGGUCAGCCUGAAAAAUGUCAAGGCCAUUUGAUCAGACCCAGCAAUCUCCACCAGACUUUGUGCUGCAGCAAAACACCAACAGUUCCCACACACCUCAUGGCUCCAUUGGAGCAGUUGUUGCUGUUCUUGUGGUGGUUGCACUUUUGGGUUUGGUUGCUGCUGUGAUUGGAAGGCUCUGCUCUGGGAUGAGUAUUUUGGGGUACGGACAUUACGAUUUGGAGAGCUGGGCAGAAGCAAAAUGUUCAUCCUGCAUUGAUGGAAGAAUCAGCACUCAGAUUCCAAGGCCUAUUAUGUCUGCUACUUCCACUCCAACUGCAAACCCAGCACAAACCCAGCAAGAAUCUGAGCUUCAACCCCCACAAACUGUAAAUGUUUGAUUUCUGGCUAUUGGGUUUUGGAUUUGGUAUUAAGUAACAACUAUCCUAUUAUUUGUAUUUUUUAAUUUUUAAUUUUUAAUUUUUGAUUUUUUGAUGUUCUUCUGUUCUCUGUUGCUGGGUACAUUAUUAGAGCAGGGAAGGCAUACAUUUUGUGAUGUUGGUGUCAUUGAUUCUGGGAGGAUGGAAAUGAAUUUGGGAGACUUUCUUUUGAAUUUUUGAAUUGCCUCUUUAACUUUGUUUAGUUGAAAAGGAAAACGAGUAAGUUCAGCCUAGCCGCAUACAUUACCA